AUGAUCACUUCGGAGGAGAGUGUCGGUCGAAUGGCCGACACCAGCCAAAGAUCUCAAAGAGGCUCUGAGUUGCAAGUCCUCUCAGUAGGUCUUCUCAAGACAGGAUCUUCCUCAAUCGCCGAAGCCUUGACCAUAUUGGGCUACAAAAACGUUCACCAUGGAUUAAACGCCCUCGACGACCGUGAAUUCUGGAGUGCCAUGCAUCGAGCCACCAACGCAACCUUCCCGAAUUUACCGACAUACACGGGAAAUCCAUUUACUCGCUCGCAAUGGGAUGAAAUGUACGGUUCCUGCGACGCAGCUACGGACCUGACAUCGUUUUUCGCCCCUGAACUCAUAAAAGCCUAUCCCGAAGCCAAAGUCAUUCUAGUCAUACGUGAUUUCGACGAGUGGUUGAAGAGCUACAACAAUGUAUUCGCGGACCUCUUCAGUUUUAGGGCCUCUCUCCUCGUUUAUGUGGCAGAACCGAUGAUUGGAUAUGAGAUUGUGAAGGCGAUGCGCAAUGCAGUUCGGGGGUUUUUCAGGGGUCGAAACGAGGAGGAGUGUCGUCGUAACUCGCGCGAAGCUUUUCAUCGACAUAACAAGAUGGUUCAGGACAUAGUUUCACCGGAUAAUUUGCUCGUGUACCGCAUUGGCGAAGGCUGGGAACCGAUCUGCAGAUUCCUGGACAAACCAGUGCCAAAGGUGGAGUUUCCUUGGGUCAACGAGGCAGUUGUUUUCAGGAAGAGAUGUCGUAGGAGAGGCUGGGCUCAUUUAUUUUUGUUGAUCAAGGUAGUAAUCUUUUGGGUCUUGGCACUGGCGUCGGUUGGUUUUUUUAUGUGGGUUGUUGACACAACACGGCGGGAGUAUCUGUCACAACCGAAAAUGAUUGCAGCGCGGGAGUAA